AUGAAAGUUGGGUACAGUCUAGCGAUCGCUACUUUGGAAGAAGAACUGAUUGUCAAAAGUUUGUAUUUUAGAGGGUCCCCCUGUGUUUUCAGCACUGCAGCUCAGCAGAGAAGUACAGGAGACGAGUGUGGCCCAGAAGAUCCCCGUGAUGAGUCCAAGCAUCCUCUUUCUGACUGUUCCUUAGAGCACAAAGCCAUCAAAUUGGAAGAACAAGUCCGGGAUUUAACUGAACGAUACCGUAAAGCCUUGGCAGAUUCUGAGAAUGUCCGGAGGAGAACGCAGAAGUUUGUGGAAGAUGCCAAGCUCUUUGGGAUCCAGAGUUUCUGCAGGGACCUUGUGGAGGUAGCAGAUAUCUUGGAGAAGACUGCCGAGAGUGCCGCAGAAGAAGCGGAGCCUAGUGAUCCAAAUCCAACUCUGAAGAAAAUCUAUGAAGGCCUCUCUCUCAUAGAGGCCAAAUUGCAAAGUGUAUUUGCCAAACAUGGCCUUCAGAAGAUGAACCCUGUUGGUGGCAAAUAUGACCCAUAUGACCAUGAAAUAGUCUGCCAUGUACCAGCUGAGGGAAUGCAGCCGGGCACUAUAGCACUGGUGACUCAGGAUGGCUAUAAACUCCAUGGUCGCACUAUCAGACACGCACUCGUCGGCGUGGCGGUGGAGUCACAGGAAUGACGUGGGCUUACCCAUUGGCAUCUAGGACCUUACUGAGCUGAGGACCGCUCAGCACUCGGUCACAACUGCAGCUGCAUGUCUUUACUUAUUUAUUAAGCUAGGUUUGUAUUGUAUGUUGGCUUCUUUAUGAUGUGUGCAGUCAUUUUGCCAUUAAUUCUAAGGUACUUGUAUAU